AUGCCUCACAUCGCCUCACCCGUCGCCAUGCCCUCUCAGCGAAAUAACCUGCGGCUGUUCACGUCGCAAGACUUGUACAGCAGCCUCAACGCCAACUUGUCCUACAAGGACAACCGACCAUCAACACCAGUACGACGCAUCCAGGAGAACGACUACACUGUUCCCGCGCCCCCUCCACCAAGCCCCGUCAGCUUCAGGGCCGACAAAUGGAGCAUGCCCAGCCGCAAGUAA